AUGAAGCUUUCCAUCCUCUCUACAUUCAUCUUCCUCGUCACCCUCUCGACGUCCGUCGUGGGCCAGGCUGCCUUCGCGGACGACGUUGACGAGGUCAUGGCACGAGAGCUCGAUCACGACGAUGCGGUCUACGCCAGGGAGGCUGUGGAAGACAAGCUCGUUCUGCGAGGCCUGGAGGAAGUCCGCCGUAGGAGUGAAGACCACCUUCAGUUCAUCGAACGCUCUCUUGAGCUUCUCGAGAGGCGCAGCAAAUACGCGUGCUACCAAGAUUGCAUCAGGAGGUUUACGGGAGCCAACCUCACUAAUUGCUACAGGAAGUGCGACAAAUCCUGGGGCCCGCAUGGCAAAAAGUAA